GGUCCACAAACGGCUUUCGUAUUCUCCUUAUUCUCCUCCGUAUCUGCCUUAUAUUUUCUCCUUCUGCCCUCCUCCGCCUCUUCUCCUUCCGCCUCUCCUCCGCCUCCUUCACCACCACGCACCAUGGCGUUCUCUAAGCACCCUGCCCUCGGCCUCGCCUUGCCUCGCCAGCUCGUCUCCCUCCUCGCCUUCAUCUUCCUUAUCUUUUGCUGGCUCUUCCUCUUCUCCUUUAUCUCCCCAGCAGCGCGCGAGAUCCUCAAUGUUUACUCCCUCCCAUCCUUCCUGCGACCGUCGACCGCAGCCGCCGACCCACUCGACUCCAUCUCCGUGCUCAUGAAGACCGGCUCCUCGGUCAUGUGGCAGCGCGUGCCAAUCCACUUUGUCACGUCCUUCCGUGACCUGCACCACUUCCAGAUCUACUCGGACUCCCCCGCCAGCAUCGCCGGCCACAACGUCGUCGACGCGCUAGCAAACUGCUCUGACUUCCUCAAGUCGACCGAGGACUUCGAGCCCUACCGCUACGUCUCCAGCCUCGUCGACAGACACGCGAGCAUCGCUUCCCAGCCCGACUCCUCCUCGUCUACCGGUAACUACUAUGGCUUCACGUCAACUUCGCAGCAGCAGCCUCUCGCCGUCCCUGAUCCGCACGUGGAGCCGCACCAACCCGUCGCCGGCCCCAAUUGGUCUAUCGACAAGUUCAAGAACCUCCCCAUGCUCGCCGACGCGUACCGCAACCGCCUUCCCCAGACCAAAUGGUUCGUCUUUCUGGACGCCGACAGCUACAUUCUUUGGCGUCAGCUGGCGCAGUGGCUCUCUACGCUCGACCCCAGCACGCCUCUCUACAUGGGCUCCAUCGUCGGCUCUGCCAACGACCAGUUUGCCCACGGCGGCUCUGGCGUCGUUCUCUCCCUCGCCGCCAUGGACAAGGUCUUUGGCAGCAAUCCCAACAUUGAGCACAUGUACGAUCUUGAGGCUCUUGAGGACUGCUGUGGAGACCAUCUUAUCUCGCGCGUUCUGCUCGACAACAACGUUCACCCCGCGCUCGGCGACAACGAGUACCCUUAUUCGCACCACAAGUUCCAGGGCGAGCCCCAUUGGGCCGUGCAAUUCCACACCGACAACUUCUGCUCGGACAUCAUGAGCUUCCACCAUCUUUCUCCCCGCGACAUUGAAGAGAUCGAUGCUGUCGAGCGCGAGUUUGCUGCCAGCAACAGACACGUACGGUACCGGGACAUCUACGAGCGUUUUGUUCGGCCUCAUCUCGAAGCCGUCAAAGAGGACUGGAACAACUUUUCCAACGACAUUGUCUACACCAGCCGCUCCAAGCGCUCGAUCUACGAUCCCGCCCCAUCGGUCGCCAGCCACCGCGCCGAGACCGCUGAAAACCAAAAAGACGCAAAGCACUACGCCUCCUUCGACGCCUGCAGCGCGGCCUGCGACGAAAACCCGGCCUGCAUGCAGUUCCGGUACUCGAAGAACUACUGCGGCCUUGGCCUCGGUGUAUCUCUUGGCCAGGUCGUCGUUGUGGAUCCUUCUACUGACCGCAACCGCAAGUGGAAGCAGAAGAAGCACGCCAAGCUUAGCGCGGACAAGACGCUCGAGCAGCAGAGAAUGGGGACGUGGACUUCGGGCUGGAAACUUGAUAGAAUAGCAUCAUCCUUGGACACUAUUUUCUGCUGAUUUCGUUUGACUUUUGUGAUUCCUAUCGUUUUGCGUUUAUCGUUUUGCGUUUCCUGUAUACUUAUUCAUCGUGUGGUUCUCAUUUUCGGGCUUAUCUUUCGCUUACUGGUGUCAUUUGGUUUGAGCAUAUCCUUGUACAUUAACAGUCAGGUUC